AUGGCUCUGCAUCUUCUGAUCGCAACGUACGAGAAGGGAGUCCGUCUGCAUCGGGACCUGUUCUCACUGACGCGGCCGGACCAGGAACAAGUCGUUGUCUUCAUCGCCAUCGGUAUUGCUGGUUGGCUAGACACUCGCCAAGCUUCGACUAAUGCAGCGAACCCAAGGCUUAGCAGACAACUAGCAAGCCAAUCAGCGGAUAUAGCGGGUAAGCAGCCACGCAAGCAAGAAGCGAGCCACGCAUUGGGCCAAGUGUAG